UCCGCGGGGGGCGCGGGGCGGAGCGGGGGCCGCGCAGGCGCGGAGCGGCGGCACCGAGAGAGCCGGAGGGGCAGGGCGAGGCGGCGGCUGCACGUGCCGCGCGGAGCGGCCGUUGGAAAGCGGCGGUUGAGGGCUGUGCUUGUGUGGGGAGGAAGAAGAUUGUCCCCAUUUCGUAGAGGCUACUGACCAGUCACCAGAAUGGUAGUUUUCACAUGCAACGCGUGUGGAGAAUCUGUGAAAAAAGCACAAGUUGAAAAACAUGUGAACAUCUGCAGGAACUGUCAGUGCCUUUCUUGCAUGGAUUGUGGCAAGGAUUUCUGGGGUGACGAUUAUAAGGAACAUGUGAAGUGCGUAAGUGAAGACCAGAAAUAUGGUGGAAAAGAUUUUGAAGCCAAAACUAACAAAGGAGAUGCUAAACAACAGGAGUGGAUUCAGCUUUCUUUUGGCAAUUCCUUGAAAAUUCAUGAAGUAAUGAAGAAGCCAAACAUAAGCCCUAAAGUGCGGAAUGUUCUGGAGCAAAUGCGUGUCUUUGAUAAUAUUCCAAGAAAAAAAGUAAAGUUUCAGAAUUGGAUGAAGAACAGUUUGAGAAUUACCGACAGCACUUUGCAAGACCAGGUGUGGGAUAUUUUCUCUGAAGCAACCAGAAAUAUUUCAAGUGAAAAAGAACAAGACAAACCACAGCAGAAGGAAGAGGGGCAGUCUGCAGAAACUGGGAAAAAAACAGUGGUAGAAGAAAAUGGAAUUACAGAUGAUAAAAUCGAGAGGAAAAAGAAUAAGAGAGAACGAAAAGAGGAGAGACAAAAGAACAAAAAGGAGAAAAAAGACUUGAAAUUGGAAAACCAGUCAGAAGUAAAAAAGAGUAAAAAGUCCAAAAAAAGAAAGGAGAGCUCAGAGAAUGAAUUUGAAAUAAAUGGAAAUGGCCAUCAGAGUGAAACAGAAGAGGAAACAAAUGUAAAGAAACGCAAACAUAAACAUAUAGAAGAGGAACCUCGUAUCAGAACAAAGAGAAUGAAAACUGAAAACAUUUCAGAAGACAUGGAAACAGAAAACACCAACGGCAAUGAAGAAGAUGUGGGAACAGAUAAAGGUAAAUUCAACUGGAAGGGAACUAUCAAAGCUGUUCUGAAACAGGCUCCAGACAAUGAAAUUUCAAUUAAAAAACUAAGAAAAAAGGUUAUAGCUCAAUAUUACGCAGUAGCUGGUGAACAUCACAAAUCAGAAGAGGAUAUUCUAGUCAUAUUUAACAAGAAAGUGAAUAACAAUCCUAAAUUUAAAGUUUUGAAGGACAAAGUUAAACUCCUGAAAUAAGAGUGUGCAUACUUUUAUAACCUAUGCAUCUUAAUCUUACAGACAGAGUCAAAUUCUUGACAGCUGUACAAAUAUCGUGCUUUGGUCUCAAUUUAAGUGGUACAUUUGAGAGCAGAACUUCACUUUUAAGGCUGGAUUCCUCCUCUUUUUCUAGAUUUAUCACAGAACAUUUUCAGAUACUUUAUUUUUUUAUUUUAUGGAAAAUGUAUAUUUUUAGUACGAGUUUUAAGAGGCAUUGAAAAUAACUGCUGCCUACUAUAUUAAAAUUAUUCCAGUAAUGGAUAUAAUUUAGAGGCAUUGAUGUUUAUCAGGACCUGGGUUGUGUGGAUUUUUGCAGAAACUAUUCUAAGAGCAAACAGAAUUUUCAUAUUCCAAAACCUACCAUGGAAUGUUUUGUUAUGCUAAAAUUCAAAAUGGUAUGACUGAUAUCCCCUUUAUGCACUGUAUAUGCAGGCUUUAAUAAUCUACUAAUUCUGUGUUGUAAAUUACAAUAAUUAAAGCGUUUGUCAAGUUUGUGUAUGUAAUACUGUGCAUUCAUUGAAAAUCUAAAGACUGAGUUACUUGUAUAUGCAUCACUACUGCAUAUUUGAAUUAAUGCAACUGACUUCAACUUAAGUGCACACAUGGACUAAAAAUUGACUGAUUAAAUAAAUUACCUUAAAACACCACCUUAAAUAUAAUUUAUGAUUGUAUGAUAAAUCUUGCCACUUUAUGAUGGUAUAAUAAAUCCACAAAUGAUAAAAAAUUUGAAGAGGCUGUUAUAUGGCAGUUGCCAAAACAAAUAUUACUUAUAUGUAUGAGACAGAGUUGCCUGGGGAAAAUUAACUUGAAGUUUAUAUGACUUUAAUGACAGAAUGCAAAAUACUGCCAGAUAGGGUGUUUCCUACCAUGAAGCAAUCUGUUAAAAACAGUGGUAGAAAGCCGGUGAACAUGUCUUUCAGUAGGUAGCAUAGUGAUUUCAAGCAGAUAUGGUUUUAUAAAACUCCAUAAUACAAAUAUCUGAAUUUGUAGAAAUAGCAAAUAUAUUAAAAGUAUAAACGUGAAAAAAAAAAGUCUGAUACACUGGGUCCAGUUUCUCUGAGUACCUUGUUUAUUAUAAAAGUUGCAACAAACUAUCUAAUAAAUUUAAGAUCUUCUCAGAAAGUGUUUGUGGUUAAUUCAUUAAAAUGACUUUGGAGAUAAAUAGAAUAAAAUUUAUUUACAGACAUGGAGAAA